UUAGAAUGGAAGGUAGAGAUGAGAUUGAUCAAGAGAAGUAUUACCAGAGGAUUAGUCGAGAGGAGUCACUCCUGGUAGAAAGCAUUGAGCAACAAUAUCAGAGAUGCUGAGAUAUCUACUGCAAUGCACUUUUAAGGAAUAUUAAAGCUAGCCUACCCGAUCCAGAAUCUGAUGAGCACUGAGUAAACUUUUCACUUGGAAUACAUUUUGGAAAAUCUAUACAUAUGAAACUUCCUAAAAAUUUAAAGUUUCUGAAGUUCUUCAAUGUAGAUAAGGUAAUAUUGAAAAUUGACAAAUGACAAACCAAGCAUGCUCUGAAUUUCAUAGAUUUCUCAUUUCCCGAUAAAACUAAUGUGCUAUAUAUUUCUCUCACUGGCAAAAUGAAGUUAAGUUGAGGUAUUUACUUUAAUUCAUUGGCCAGGAUCAGCUCAAAGGUAACCCAAAGCGUGACGUUACAAUGGUUCUGUCUUAACCUUCAUCAACUGAAGAGGUUUGUGGCAGCUUAUAAGCAUGUGGAAAGACUAGAAGUUAAAAGCUGCAAACUGUCCAUUCCAAAAGUUCCUGAUUUCUCAAAGGCUCUUCAGAAUUGUAAAGUGCAGAUAAUAGACUUAUGGAGAACAGGAGACUAUUCAUACAGCAAUUGGAGAGAUCAUCUUGACGAGUUCAAGAAUUUGGUACAAGGCUUCUCAACAUCUCCGGAUUUAAAGUUGAGUCUCAGAGAAGUAUGCAUUUGGAACUGUGGAAUAAAGGAAAAUGAAGCGGAGGACAUUUUUGCAGAAAAUCAACUCGAAGGAGUAAAAUUAAUGGAUGGAUCUUAA